GGAUUAUGCUGAAAUGGCUAAAAUAACCGGAAGAAUUAGAAAUCAGGAAGACCAAAAUUUUAAUAAGGAAUGGGGGGGGGAAUUAUAAUUUAUCUUAAAAACAAUUGUAAAAAACUAAAAUUGUUGAGAGACUGACGUCCUCAGCCACGCCUUCUUCCUCAUGUAGGCAACUAAGUUGCGAAGCAGGAAACCAACACGAGCGUUGACGGUGAAAGGAUGAUAAGCAAGACAUUUUUGCAUCUGUGGUUCCUUUCCGUAUUCGUGGGUAAGUCCUGUAUUUUUCUUUUUUUACCGUACAGAUUCAAAAGAAGACCAUGCUUGAUGGAUGGGGCUUGGGUGUGUAAAUGUCAGGGCUAGGCACAACAGCUCUUUCAUACAAAGGCAUAUAAGACAAUUCACAACAGCAUAGCUUCCUAGCUAUGCUACGAUCAUUCAACAGUUAUCAUGUGUGCCAGCCUUCCAAUCUUGCUUACUGCCGAGGGACCUGAAUUGAAAUUUAAGGCACAUUCUCUCUUCAUGGCUUUAUUAUGGGCUUAGCAGCCCUCCUAUCACAUGCCCCAAAUUCGCCAGUUGUUAGCACUGCAGUAGAAGGCAGCAGAAGACCAAGCCAGAACUAACAACGUGAAUUUCAAUAGGGACAAAUGUAAGGUUCUUCACUUAGGCAGGAAGAACCAGAUGCACAAACAUAAGGUGGGGAACACCUAGCUUAACAGCAGUACAUGUGCAAAGGAUUUGGGGGUCUUAAGAGACCACAAGCUGAACAUGAGUCAACAGUGCGCUGCAGCAGCAAAAUAAGCUAAUACAAUUCUAGGCUGCAUCAACAGAUGUCUAAUGUCUAGGUCAAGGGAACGUGUCUGGAAACCAAGCCUUCUGAGGAAUGGUUGAGGGAGCUGGGUAUAUUUUGUCUGGAGAAGAGACGACUGAGGGGCGAUAUGAUAGGAAUCUUCAAACAUCUGAAGGGCCGUCGCAUGGAAUAGGCUUGUGAGACAGGACUUGCCUUGCAGAAGCCAAGUGCUUGGUUCUUGUUAUGUACUAAGCUCAGAGUAUAUUUCAGUUCUUUUGUCUUUAACAAUGCUUUCCACCAGUCACAAAAAUCCAGCAUUUCAUUGCCUGGUAACAGAUAUCAAGUGUGUUGAAGAGACACAGACAUUUCCCCCCAUGAUGUAGAAGUCAACUGUCUAGGCUUGGUCUUAGAGGUGGGUGAGCUUGGUGGUUGCCAAGGGUUUUGAGCUACAGCUUGUCCUUCAAUUAGGUUUAAAUGUUUUUAUUUCAAGGUCCACUUUGUUGUCUCUUACACUAGGUAAAAAUCAGUGGAACUCAGCAUUUCUUAGGGCCAACAGAUACUAAAAGCAAUAUAUAAAUAAUAAUACAAUGGCUUUAAAAAGUCUACUGGAUACCUUUUUAAAAAAUUAUAAUUCUCCUGUAUUAUUUUUAAGGAUUACCAAAAAAAGGAUAUCCUGUCAUAAAGAAUGAUUACCAAAAUAUAGGAACUGCUGCAAAAAAACACACACAUUAAAAGUAAAACCAAAUUGCUAGGCUUAGUCACAUGCUACAGUUCUAUAUUUUGGGGGCAAUGGUAAUUUCCAAAGCUAAAAAAAGGAAGACAUUUGAAGAAGAUACAGCUUGAGAAACUGCAGUUCAUGGUGAUACUCUGUCCCUUAAAGAUUAGUUCCCCCCACUCCAUAAAAUUUAUAUGCUGCUUAAUUGUGAGGGGGAAACCCUCAAAGCGAUUGCACUGCACCGACUGAGGGCCAUCUUCCUGUAGCUGAAGAGGCUGUGUCAAAGCUCAGGGAGUUUGCAGCAGGAGGAGUUUUGUGCUGAGCAUAAGAAAUAAUAGAUGCCUGCAACUAGGGCAACUUGUCCCAGGCCUUCCUUGGUUAGUGUGCGUGAGUGAAUGCCUCUGAAAAUGUCCAGGCAAGGUGCCACUGGAGAGUUUGAUUGCACAUGUAGAGAACUAGGGUGUGUGACUUCCGGGGUGGCGCCAACGGUAAUGGCAGAUUCCCUCUGACUUGGAGGGAACCGGCUCUACGGAAAUCGGGUCUGUACCGCUACGGCGCAGCGGGGACCCUUCAAAAAUCACAGGCGGGUGAAGCCUGUGACCGUGGGACUCGGCGGGCACCGUUUGCGCCCCCCCAAUUGGCAAAGGAGCCCGGCAACGGGCUCCGGAGCGGAGCGGGGAAGUGGCGCGGUGCUGUGAGUCGUCUGCUUCUUCCGUGGAGCGAAGCCGCGAAGCUGUUGCCGGAGAGCGCUGCCUUUUUCCUGGGACAAUUUGGCUGUAAAACAACGAUCCAUGAGUAGGCUAACUUCGGAAUUAAGGGAACUUUACAAAUUUUAUGAAUAAUUCGGCACCGAAGCGGAGAGGCAUAAACAGGAAGUCUGCCUUCCGUUCUUGUAAAUGGAGUAAAGCAAUGAACUUGAAAAUAAAACCCCAAGGUGGCUGUCACCGAUGGAAGCGAAAGCUCUGAAAAAGCUCAAUAUGGAGGUCAAAUGGCCGAAAUAUUGGGAAAUUUUAGAACAAGAUGGAGAUAGAUUGAAACUGCAGAGUUUUGAAAAACUAAAAAACAAAGUGCGAGACUGGCUUCAUUAUUAUCAGAUAAUGGAGGCAUACAAUUUGGACAAGAAAAUUGGCUUCCAGGUGGAAAAAUCAAAAUUAGAAACAGAAUUGUUAGAACCCAAACUAAGAUUUUGUCAAAGAUGUAUAACUUGCUGUUGAAAUGGAAUACUCAGGAUGAAACGGUGAAAUCUGCUAUGAUUAAAUGGGCACAAGAUGUUGGACAUAACAUAAUGAUGGCUGACUGGGAACAGUUGUGGACCACAGGUAUGAAGUUUACGGCAUGCAAUGCCUUAAGAGAAAAUAUUAUGAAAAUGAUAUACAGGUGGUACAUAACCCCAGUCAAGCUUGCAAAAAUCUACCAUUUGCCCGAUAACAAAUGUUGGAAAUGUAAAGAAACUGAAGGUACAUUCUUUCACCUUUGGUGGACGUGCCCAAGGAUUAAGGUUUUCUGGGAGACGAUUUAUAAUGAAUUAAAAAAGCUAUUUAAAUAUACCUUCUUGAAGAAACCAGAGGCCUUUCUCCUGGGCAUAGUCGGCCAAUCGGUGUUAAAGAAGGACAGAACUUUCUUUAUGUAUGCUACAACAGCAGCAAGAAUACUUAUUGCAAAGCAUUGAAAGACACAAGACCUACCCACACUGGAAGAAUGGCAGAUGAAAAUGAUGAACUACAUGGAAUUGGCGGAAAUGACUGGUAGAAUCCGAGACCAGGGAGAAGAGUCGGUGGAAGAAGAUUGGAAGAAAUUUAAAGACUAUUUACAGAAAUAUUGUAAAAUUAAUGAAUGUUAGAAUGAUGUUGGAUUGAAGUUAAGUGGUUUCUAGCUGUAAUGGUAUAAAAGAAUAUGGAAAAAUUGGAUUUUCAAUACGCAAAAACUCAAUGCUAUAAUAUAUUAAGAUUAAAGAUCAGGAUAAAAUAAGGAGGGAAAGGAAUUGCUGAACUAAUAAAUUGAACUGGAAUACAAAAAAGGGAGGCAUGAGGAGUUCCGGGAAACAAGUAAAUGAAAGAUAAGUGAUGAAAAGAUGGAAUUGUUUUUAAUUGUUGUUGUUUUUUGUAUUUUGUAUUUUUCUUUUCUUUAUUUUUUUAUUCUUAUCUAUGUAACCUUUUCUUUGAAACUUUAAUAAAUAUCAUUUAAAAAAAAAGAGAGAGAACUGGGGUGUGUGGAUGAAGAAAUAGCAAGCCUUCGCUAGUUAAAAGUGAUCAGGUUGUCUUUUCUUGUACUUUUUGGGUACUUCUGAAUAGCCUCUUUCAUAUAUUUAGAGUAUCCAUUUCUUGAGACUUGAAGGCUGGGUAGUAUAACUGUUUUGCCCUAAGAAAGGAAGUCCAGGCAAUAUAUUUGGUUUAAGCUGAAUCAGCAGUAAAGGCAUUUCAUGCACCAAAAUGCUCACAAAGGUUCUGCAAUUUCACCCAAGCACUGCUAUUUGGAUAGUGCUAGCAAAGGGUCACAAUUGUGUACUUGCUGCACUAUAUUGCUCUAUACUGCACUAUAUUGCAGGAAUGAUAAAAAUCAUCAUCUCAUCUGUGUUGGCAACAAAUUAUUAACAACAUUUACAAGAUUAUUUAAACCUUUUCUGUCUGCUUGCAGUGAAUUGGAAUCUUAGGAGAGUUCAUUUCAACUUUCAUAGUGAUUUUUCUUCCAAUUUUUGUGGCAUAUGUACAUUCAGGGUGUUAUAUAUUGACCUGAUGCUUGAGGAAAGCUCUUUCAGAUGGCUUUGGAGUCAGCUUUUAUCUUGGUGAAUUCAAGAGAUUUUAAGUUUUAGACCCAAGCAGGUCAAAACACUAGAAGAACUCACUGAAAGGGCGAACGGGUGGAUUCCAAACUGUGCCCACAAUACAAUCUGAUCCAAUAAAACAAUGAAUCCUUUCUCUUAUCAUCAGAACAGUUGUCUAGCUUAACUCCCAUAUAGCACUGUAUUGAGUAUUUAAACAGUUUUCUACAAUAAAACUACAAUAAAACUUUUCUCAAUAAAACUUGCAACAACCCUAUAAGGUAGGAAUAAUUAUAACAACAUUAUCAAUGGUAGAGUGCAAGCAAAGGCUCAAGGUCAAUCUCCAGCAUCUCCAGGGAGGGUUGUGGAAGACUCUUUCCCGAAACCCUAGAUAACUGCUUCUGUAAAAAACACUCACUAUGCAAAAAUUCACUUAUCCAAAAACAAGGAAUUAGUACCCACAGCUUCUGUGGUUGAGAGCACAUCAGAAAUUUUUGUCAGUGGAAAUUGUUGACUGGCUAGGCGGAUGGAAGUCAUUGACUCAUUAGACACACGCUCAGCUAACGAGCAAUUUCCAGGGAAUGCAUUGUGUUUGUAAAGUGGAACAUGUGUGUAGUACUUCGUUUUGCAAUGACUAGCUCCCUCACUGGCCUUGCGUAUGUCUUCAGAGGGUUAAAAGGUGGAGCACAGGGAGACGUGCAGAACAGCACAAGGGAUUUUGACAGAUGGACGCCCCACCCACCUGCCACUCAUGUGGUGUCAUAAUUGCAAAAUGUGAUUGGCAGCUGAGCAGCCCUGCCCACCUGUCAAACUUGGUCCAUGAGAAUGAUCCUGAUCUGACCCUUGGGGCCACAAAGAUUCCCACCCCUAUCUUAGGCUGGGUUUGUUUUUUUACCGAUGCAUGCUUUUGUAACUGUUUUUUUCUGUUACGAUAUUCUGGAAACUGCCCUGGGGGUGCUAUAAUUGGUGCAGGGGAGUCUAAAUAACUAGAUUGUUUAUGCACCAUCCCUUUCGUAAUGCAGAAAUGCUGCUUCCUCUUGUCACAGAGCAAGGAGGAAGUGAUAAGUUUCCAGUUGAGAAACACUUUUGUGUAAUCACAUACUCAUUUAGCAACAGUUCUCUUUAACUUGCAAAAGAUGAGUUUUUAGAACUCUCUCUGUCUCUCUUACACACACACACACACACACACACACACACACACACACACCCUUCCCCCUGCCUGCUUCUUUUGUUGCCUGCCUGGGAUAUUCAUUAUGGAAUUGUUGGCAGUUCGAAUCCCCGUGACGGGGUGAGCUCCCGUUGCUCGGUCCCAGCUCCUGCCAACCUAGCAGUUCGAAAGCACGAAGUACAAGUAGAUAAAUAGGUACUGCUCCGGCAGGAAGAUAAACGGUGUUUCCGUGCACUGCUCUGGUUCGCCAGAAGCGGCUUAUUCAUGCUGGCCACAUGACGCGGAAGCUGUACUCCGGCUCCCUCGGCCAAGAAAGUGAGAUGAGCGCUGCAACCCCAGAGUCGUCCGCGACUGGACCUAAUGGUCAGGGGUCUUUUUACCUUUACCUAAUUUAUUUAUCACAUGACCAGAAGGGCAACCCAAGAGGGGUCCCAAACAUCCCCCAGCUUUGCAACUGAAGUGCCAAAAAGCAGUCCAUGGGAUGGAGAGGGAGCACAAAUUCAUUCUUCCCCUCAGGGUCCAACUCAGAAAAACCAACAUUACAUCUGGUGGUCUUUUAAGACUAUGUGACAUCUUCACUGUAUGCCCCCUGGUUGAAUGUGAGCAAAAAUAAAGCCCUAACCGAAAAAAAGAGAGGGAGGGAAUGCAGGUUGGGUUACAAACUGGAGAAAAUAAUAUGAAAAGGUGGGGUGAUUAGGGAACAUCUUAACCUUCACAAGAGUCAGUUUUUCACCCUGAAAAUGUAGGCAAGCAAAUAUUAAAGUCCUCUCCAUGUUUAUUUCAAAGACAGGCGUGAUCAAUUUCAGCAGGUAUGGAUUGCAGCCUUAAAGGCAAAGGGGAGCCCAGAGGCUGCCAGUGCUGCCACAAAGCCUUUGGCAAACUCAGCCUCAGGGUGCUGUGGGGCUGCAUUAAUUUCAGUCUGUCCGUCUCCACCCCCCCUUGGGAGGGCAUCACUGGGCUCUGCCAUUGGAAGGCAGGCGGCACAGAGUCUUUCAGGGUCUACAAGGAUAGUCUGCCACACAGACAAUGAGCACACAUCUUGGGACAGGGCUGGGGAAUUGCUGGAGUUCAGUUCCCAUCAUAUGACCACAGGCUUGAGUGUGGAGGGCCAGAAUGCCCACUCUGUCUCAGGUUAUCUGGGAGCGGGGAGCACUGCUCAGACAUCGGGGUGGUGUGCAACAAUAUCAUCCAAGCCAAGCUCCCAAUCCUAUAACAAUAAUUACAUUGUCUGCAAAGGUCCUUUCUGCCAAAUGUACAUUAACCCUGCUGGGGAGAGCGGAAUAAAAAAUAAAAAAAGACCAGACAGAUCAGUACCCAGCAGAUUUUUCAGGGAAUCUGCUUUCAGAUACUGAAAUGGGUCACUGGGAUGGUGUGGUACAAUUGUGGAGGGGCUGUGGCUCAGUGGUAAAGCAUAUGCUUUGCAUGCAAAAGGUCCAAGUUCAAUCCCUGGCAAGUUCCAGGAAGGCUGAGAAAGCCUAGUUGCAAUCCAGGAGAGCUGCUGCCUGUCAGUGUGGACAAUACUAGGCUAGAUGGACCAAUGGUCAGACUUGACAUAAGGCAAAUUCCUAUGUUUCUUGACAGUUUCUUCCUUCAUUUUCUUGACCAUACAGGUUCCUAUGGUGAAGAAAAUACUGAGAAAAUGAAAGGAAUUCUGGGAGAACCUGCAACUUUCCUACUGAACACUGCAGAACAAUUCAAAAAGAUUUCUUGGCUUAGAACUAAAGGAAAGCAGGAUCUUGAAAUUUUUGUGGUAGCGAUUCCACGAAAGGAUCCAGAAGAGAAAUGUGAACUCAGUGACCAGAUUCCAGCAUAUAGAGGGCGGCUGAGUGUCUCCAAGAACUGCACGAUGUUACAAAUCAAUAAUCUAAAUCAAGAGGAUUCUGGCACAUACAAAGCACAGAUCCAGAUAGCUGAUGACAAAGAUCCAAUAAGUGAGAUCUUUCCCUUGAGGGUGUAUAGUAAGUAUUCUAAACAUUUCAGGCACCCAGGAUGGGGCUCUGAUUGAAGCACCUUAAGCCUUGAACUGGCUUUCACGUAGAGUCACAAAUGAUAAUAGAGCAUCUCUCCUUCAGUCCCUGACCCUGUGAAAAUAAUUCUGGGCCUGCUUCCACACCAGGGCCCUUCUGCACUGAUGAGGCCUGGAAGGAGAAUUAAAAUGGUACUUCAUACAACACACUAUGGCACCCUAUCCAGACCUCCCACAAAAAACCCCACCAGGGCCCAUCCCCAUUACUAAGAUCUCAAGAUUAUGUCUCAUUAUCAGCUGUGGCCUAACUGGUUUUUGAGGUGAUGGUGCACCCCACAAGAGCUAGAAUGGCUCCAUCACACCACUUUCACCUCUUUCCACAACAAGGGAUGAAAACCACAGUGUGGGGUAUUUUGGCAUAGAAUUUCCACUCUGCCAGGCAUAUUAUAUUGCAUUUAUUUCCUGCCAUUACCAUAAGGCCCCAGGAAAGAUUACAAGGUAUUAAAGUACUGUAAAACAAUUUAAAUGUAGCAGAUUAGGACGGCCUGAAAUACACAUGAGGUGUCAGAGGCAAAGGUAAAGAGGGGUGUGUUGAGCAUAUGAUAGAAAGACUAUAUAAUGAAGGUGCCAGGCAGGGAGAGAAUUCCAUAGCUCAGGGUCCAGCACAGAGAACGCCCCAUCCUGGGCCACCCCCCCCCCCAAAUGUUUGAGGGAAAUGGAAGUACAGAUAAGGUCACCUCUGCUGAUCUUCACAUCCAAGGGGGUCUGUAGGGAAGGAAAUAAUCUCUUACAUUUUGUUGCUUAUGUCCGUUCUAAAUAAAUAAAUAAAUAAAUAAAUAAAUAAAUAAAUAAUCUUAUGCUUUUGCUGCAGUUUUCUCUUCCCUUUCCAUUUAUUUGCAACUGCCUUAUUUGCCAUUUCUGCUAAUUAUUGCCCUUUUGUAUACCAUGUCUCUUUCCUUCCUGUUCAGAGCGUUUAUUGGAGGCUGACCUGGAGAUAGUCUGUGACCGAAAAGGUUAUCGUGGUGGGAAUGGAACUCUGCAGCUGAACUGCUCUGCAGGCAGCUGGGAAGAUGAUGCGACGUUCAGCUGGGCCCCAGCCAGCAUGAGUGACUCCACCGGGAGAUCUCUUGUCACCAGGCACAGUUUAGAAAGCAAUGAUUUGAACUUCACUUGCAAUGUAGAGAACCCUGUUAGCAAUGCAUCCAAGACAGUGUAUUUCCUGAAAAUUUGCAGUGGUAAGAUUUGCUCUUCAUUUUUCUCUUGGCAGAAUUAUGCCUCUAUUUAAGCUAGUCUUGCAAUCCUUUUGUUAAUGACAUGCUGAUCCAGACCUGUGCUUGUCCUCUGCCUAGAAAUAGGGAUCAGAGCUGUUUUCCACUUCUCCCAUGCAGUCUAGGCACGCGUCCAGUUUUGCCCUUACCCAGCUGCUAUCAGCUGGAAACCCUACUCUUUAGCAAUAAAUUGGAGCAAAUGUUAAUCUGGAGAAAAUCUGAUUGGUGGUUGCUAUAAUUCAUUAAUAAAGAUAAAGUUUCCUCAGGAGAAAGCAGCGGGGCAAGGGCAAGUCUGAUGGGGGCAAAGACUAAGAAAAUGUAGCAAAGUUCCCAACUGGUUUUGCGGAAUUAGAAAUGUUGAGAUGUACCAACAAGAAAUUUGCAGUGGUAAACUUUUUAUCUAUUUAAAAGAGGCCUAGAAAGACAGCUCUCCAUUCUUUUUCUAUGUAGAGUCACGCUUAGUUUUACAAACCUGUUCGAAGGUGACCCAGCUGGGAGGACUGAGGACACAGGGAAGGUAGCAAAACCUCCAUUGUGAAACAUUUCAGCCUUGAAGGGAUUUGGCUGUUUUAGCUUAUAAACAGAAACCCCACAGCAACAAUAAUUCUGCAACUGGUAUGCAACAUGACAAUGACAAAAAUAUUGUAUUGCAGUGCUAGCAUUUGCAUAAUUCAUUUAGCUUUUUCUAAUCAUGGAUGGGGCAAUGGUUCCCCCACUGAUCACAAGAAAUCUUAACUAGUCUCCUUAAAUUUCACCAGGCCUUUGCCCACACAUAUAACAUUAAGGACUAAAAACUUGCUUUAAAAAAAAUGAAAGGAAUAAAUGGUAAGAAUCUCCAUAUGGGGAAUCAUUUGGAGUUAUUUCAUUUGUAGAAUCACAGAAUACCAUUUGGUUCAAUUCCUGUUGGUGCAGGACACUGGUGCACUGUGGCAAAGCUGUAAUAGGUACUGAUCCAGCCUCUGUUUCAAAGCCUCUAACAAAUGGGAGUCCACUGCUCAUGGGGGAUACCAAAUUUCCCACAAAGCUUCCCUCCCCCUGCCAAAGGUAAAGAUGGAGGAUAAAGCCUCUCUCACUAAGCACGGAUUAGGGAGUAAUAUGUCCUCACUACAAGAAAACCUAGCAAAUUGACAGCCAAAUAGUUAGAGAAACCACCUCACACCCACCCAUGAAAUGUCUGUAAAAUACCAGAGUAAAGAGAACGGAACACUCAAGAGCUCUACAGGAAUAUAAGUGUGUGGUGUAGCUUGUGAGUGAGUGAGAUUCAGCUGCAUCAGGGCAAAAAGGGGGCAGAUCCUAAUUUAAACCACCAUUCCACCUGUUGGGUUGCCUUGGGGCCUAGGCAGUGGGAGCAGCCAGGGUUCGAUAAAGCAGAAACAGGCUCAUCUAAGACUCAAGUAGCUCAGCUAAACCAAGCAAGGCGAUUACGCUGAAAAAGGAAGUGUGGGUGUUUUACAGUCACGCUCACACAAAUUUGUGUGUGUAUGUGUCAUGCAUGCAAGAGCAAGUGAGUGAGCGAGGAACUCACUAGCUAGCUACUUCCUGUGAGCGGAUGUUAUAUCUGUGCUACCUGCAAUGGAGGGUGGGGGGUUUACGCAUGAUUCAUGCAUACCCCUUUAUAAAGGCCCCUUCCCACAAACAGAAGCUUGGCUAUGACGGCUCUACUCGACAGGCUAGUGAAUACGAUUAGGGGGCUUAUUUUCUUAAGUAACAGAGGAGCUGCGAACGCUGCGACCCUCCACCUGCAAAUGGAAAUAAUGCAGCCAAUGCGACACAGGAUGUUCACCUAAUAUGGGCCCUUUCAGGCCUGGGGGCCAGGUGCAGACACAAGCCUCUCUACCAAGCCCUUAGGAACCUCCCCACACAAAACCACCCAAACACCCCUUCUUCCCCAGGCCACAUCCUUUGCUAGCCCUGCUUUGCAUUGUCCUCGAGGGACUGAAACGUGCCCUUCAAUUGUGCUUCUUGGGCCACAUUCACACCAUGCCACCUUAAACAGUCAUGGCUUCCUGCCCGCCUGCCCCCAAGCAUUCUGGGAGCUUUUGUUUGUGAAGGGAGCUGAGGGUUGUUAGGAGGCCCCAAUUCCUCUCCCAGAGCUACAAUUCCCACAGUUCCCCAUGAAGAGGGAUUGGCACUUAAACCACCACACAAAAGCGUAGCUCUGUGAGAGGAAUAAGGGCCUUCCCCACAGCUCUCAGUGCCCUCAUUGAAAUGCAGCUCCCAGAAUGCUUUAGGGGAAGCCAUGGCUAUUGUGUGCUUUAUAUGUAUGGUGUGAAUGUGGCCUUGCUUGCCUAGAUGAAGGACAGGGAAGGACUGUGUGAAUCUGUGUAGAGGCUUACUUAUGUGUAGACCCCAUAUUUGCAAGCUACACAACAACUCUGGGUCUGUAGAAACCUGUUACACCAAUGCUCUUAAGCCUGCAUUUUUUUGGCACCAAUGUUUUCAAGGGCUGAGGGCUGCCUGUACAUUUUGACAACUCCCUGCUCUUCACACUGAUUCCAGGAGGUCCUGCCUGGUUCAUCCUCUCAGGACCCUGAGACUGGGUUAGGUCUAGGCUUUAGGCUGACUUGUAGUCAGAAACGAAACCCCCCCAACAUUUUAUGGCUUUUAUUGCAUUGGAGGAGGUCAGGCAUUCUCUAAGGCCCUAGCAGAAAUCCCAAGAGCUCAAAUUGCUGAUCAGCAUAUCCUAACUAAGCAACACAGACACUUCAAUGGAACAGUAACGUUCCUUCCAAAGGCAGUUUUCCGGUGCAAGAUGCACAGAACUCUUUUUCCAGAUCUUUGCCAAUUUGCCUGAUCUCUCUUUCCAAUCUGCUCUCUCGCACUCGCUCCCUGUCCCAUCGGCUCGUGCAGAGCACCAAGAGACGACACCUGGGAUGUUGCCCCCCCGGCAGACUGGUGAGCUCCACUCCCUGUUCUUUGUUGUUUGUGCCCCUUCACUUAAAUCUUCGGAAAGUCUUGUGCUGCCCUCUGUCUCAAGGGGGUCAGUCCCCAGAGCGGGAAAGAGGGUACAAAUAUCCCCAAGUGAGCCAAUUCAACCACAUGUUGUUAGAUACAGGACAGGGGCCAGGAGUUAGAAUCUCUAGCCAAUGUAACUUGUGGUCAUGGAUAAAUGCCUUCCUCAAGAUGACAUUUACAUGGAAUCUUUUGUGUCAUGCCAGGUGGCAUACUGUAAUGUGAUGGGAUAAACUGUAAUGAACAAUAUAGUUAGCUUUUCUGUGCCUUUAUGCAUAGCCAUUGUGUUGGAGUGCUUUGUGUGUGCAUGUCCGUUGUUCGUUAUUUUAGGUGUGGGGAUGGGGGGGAUACAGUUAAAUGCUUGUACAAGAAACAAAAAACUGCAUCCGAGAAUAUUAUCUUUCAAAUGCAGCCAACUGGUCUGCCUUAAUAUGCUCAGGAAACAGCAGGCACAGGAGAUGUGUGGACAUCUCUGAUAAAGCUUAGAGCUCAGGCGCUGCGCUAUACUAUGAAGCUAAUUCUGGCAUCGCCCAAACAGCUGGGCCAGGUGUGUUCUGGGGAGGGGGUUGCAGAGAAGAGUCAUAUGAGAAGAGGUUAAAGAUAAGCUAGCCUGCAGGUUUCCCAAACCUGGUACCCCCAAACAUCUGAGGUCACAGUCCUCCAGCAGGAUAUUAGCAAAGCAAAUAUCUUUGCAUAAGGGGUGUGUGGGCACCAAAGAUAAGAUACUUCUCCCUCCCCCCACCUCACAUGCUCUGCUGAGGAGGGCUGAACCCUGGAGAAAGACAGGGCUUCAAGGGAAGUUCCAUGUAGAGUACAAUAUCCGAUAUUAUCCAUUAUUAGUUAAUUUGCCCCAUUAUACAACAACCUGAGAGAGAUUUUUGAAAUGCUUGUUGAAAAAUGGAAGCAGGGAUGCCCCAGUAGAAAUGGUUCGAUUUCAUUUGAGUGAGACAAUGGUUUUGUAGUAAAAGUGGAGCCAAACCAGAUUAGAGCAAGGAUGUUAGAUUUAUAGCUGUGAAUUGUUUCAGAGACUCUGGGUUUAAUCUGAAGUUGGAUUAGCUGAUCUCCUUUCUCUCUCUCUCGCUUACAUCACUGGUAUUUGUUAUACUACCAUUAAAGGUAAAGGGACCCCUGACCAUUAGGUCCAGUCGUGACCGACUCUGGGGUUGCGGUGCUCAUCUCGCUUUAUUGGCCGAGGGAGCCAGCAUGACUAAGCUACUUCUGGCAAACCAGAGCAGCACACGGAAAUGCCAUUUACCUUCCCGCUGGAGUGGUACCUAUUUAUCUAUUUGCACUUUGACGUGCUUUCGAACUGCUAGGUUGGCAGGAGCAGGGACCGAGCAACGGGAGCUCACCCUGUUGCGGGGAUUUGAACCGCCAACAUUCUGAUCGGCAAGUCCUAGGCUCUGUGGUUUAACCCACAGCGCCACCCACGUCCCUAUACUACCAUUAUGUCUGUAUAAAUAUAUUGACUGCAUUAUAGUAAUCUCCCUGUUAGGUUAACAGUGAAUGGGCUACUGUGACCAGCCUAUCCCAGUCCAGUAACCUCUGUAGCUGGAAAUAGGGACCCUGUGCCAAUGAGGCUACUUAUGACUUUACUGGCAAAGCGAUAUCCUGGAGCCCCUCCCAACCCCCCCCCGAAAUGCCUGGUCCUUCAGGGGGCGUGCAGUCCCAUCCAAAACAGGUAUGGGGAAUCACCCACAUACCAGUGUAGCUCCAUUUACAGAAUGAAAGAUUACACAGCAAGAGGCUAGGGUUUUUUUAAUUAUUUAAUGCUAGUUGUUUAAAAGUCCCAAGGAGAUUUAAAAUAUAUUACGUGAUAUAUUAAGGUUGUUGCAAACCUCUAACACUCUCACUUGUACUGUUAAGUAUGAACUACAUUGCAGGGGUGCAUAACAGAUUCUAGGAUUUCUCCAUUUGUUUCUAUGGGGAGCGCUCACUUCCAUCCCUGGGGAUGCAGUUAGAAAUAACUUAGUAGCAUGAACCAAGAAAUGGCCUAUCCAGACAAUGAGAUGAUUCAUUCUGUCCUUUCUAGUAUCUAUGUGUCUCGUUCUUUCCCUUCUUUUUCCACAUGUUCUCCAUUCCAUUCCCCCUCCCACCCAGUUGCCAUUUCCCCCCCUCAGUCCAAUUAGUCAACAUUCUUUGCCAUUGACUUCUCAUUGGUUCCACCUGUUGCUUGUUGCUCACUCUGAGCCCCUCUGCUUCUCACUGUGAACCCAGCAAGAUGGUGGCCUCCAUGGAGAUUGGUUAGCUCUGUGCCCACCCUCUGUCCCUUGUUGCAUCCCCCACCCUCCCAAAUUGUAAUUCUUCUUAAUCUCUGUGACUUAUACCACAUGGGUUCUCUAUACCACCACUACUACCAGGAAGAGGGUGUCCAUUGGCCGAGCAAGACAAGAGCCUUCUCCUAACCUAGUUAAAAAGGAGGGAGCAUUAACUCUUACCUGCCGCCACCAAAUUGCCCCCCUUCAAUCUCCAGUUUCCCCUGAGACUCUAUUAUGCUACAUUAAAUGCUGUUGCACACACCCCAGUCUUCAAGCAGGGGUUCCUGUGCUUACCCAGGCUUUGGUUUCCUUGGAAUGAAGGUCAGUGGAAACCAUGGUGUCUUUGGGAUAUAUUAUUUUAUUUACACAUAUAUGCAACUUCAGCAUAGGAUGUAAGGACUCACAGCAUCAACACCCCCAAAAGGUCUUGCUUUCCCAUUAGGAUUCCAGCAAAGCCCCAAAGCAGAACUUUGGGUCCCGCACAGAACAGACAUGCCUGUGUCUCCAGCUUCCAGCAUCAGCCAACCAUUCUCUCUCACUCUUGCAUACACAGCCUCCCUUGGCCUGCUGUUCUCCAUCCUUAGGAUGACAUGGAUUCUGACCCAAUCAUCUCUAUGGCACCCUCUUUGAACAUGUAAAUGGCAGUACUUAAUUCACCAGGCAAAGCCAUUCCAUUAACAAAGGAAGUAGCCAGACCAGUUCACCAGGUUUUGCCUUAUAGAUUUUAAUCUGACAAUCGUGAGAUCACAGGUUUGGAAGGGACUUGUGGAUCUCGUUCAGACUGACUCUUCCCAACGUAUAACAAUAGGAUAGCACAUUUAACAUCAUGUGCAGUGUUGCCCUAGCAGAAUCUGUUGCAUGCCCCCAAACCAUUUGCAGUAUGUUCUUUGUGCCUAUUCCUUACCCUGCAUGCCUAGAGAAAGAUGAUCCAUGGACCUUCUUCCUCUGUGUGCUUGCAAGGUUAGCAGGCGAUGUCAGUGGGCAUUCCAUACCACCAGAAAGCCUGCUACAAAUGCGAGAAGUGGUAUCUAUUUACACAUCUAUACAACCUGAGCAUAGGCAAGAGUGGCUUACAGCAUUAACCCCACAACAGAUCUUGCUUCCUCAUUAGGGCAUAGCUGUCAACUUUUCCCUUUUCUUGCGAGGAAUCCUAUUUGAAAAAAGGGAAAUGUUGACAGCUAUGCAUUAGGGCUUCAGGGGACCCCCAAAGUCCAACACAGAGCAAAACAUGUCUCUCGAUACCAUCACAACUCACACACACAACUCUCCCAAACACAGCCCCCUUACUCUAUCGUUCUCCAUCCUAGGAUGAUCUGGCAUUCAGGUACAGUGGGGAAAAGCCCACCCAUUUGUCUCUAUGGCAACAGAGCUCACUUUUUAAAGAUGCAAAUGAACUGGCCUGACAGGUUUCAGCAAGGUUCCACCUAUAGAUUCUAGCCUCCCAUACACAUGAUCACAGGUUUGUAAGGGACCCAGGGUAUUAUUCCAUAACAAGACAAAAAUGUGUAUACUGGGCCAAAUUGUGUACAAAAAUACAUAUAAUAGGACUGAUGUGCCCUAAAAUGUACACAAAUGCUUAUGCACUGCACUUUUUAAAAUUAUUGCUAUGGGGCAAAACAAAAGAUUGGAAAAAGAAGAAAUUGAGAGAAACCAUAAUCAACAGAUUCAACUGUACCUGGGCAGGUUCACCUGCCAAGCUUUUGUGUGUCAUGAAGCAUUUAAAAGCAAAGGCAAUUUCUCCCUUCACAAUGGAUGUUAUUUUCUUCUUCCACAGCUGUGUUAUUUUAUGUAUUAAAUGUCAUUAUGUGUACUCUAUAGUACAAUAAUACUUUAAAAAAAAUUUUUUUUAAGACUUCCAAUUAAAAAAAAUGUUGCCACCUUUGCAAAAUGGCACCUUAUGCCCAAGGGUGGGCCCUUUGUAGACUGGGGGUGCUGGGCUAUAAUCCAAAGGUGCUGUCAAAGGUUUGAGGUGUCACAGCAGAUUUUUUAGCAGAAGUUUUCCUUCUUUGUAUGGCAGUUAUUUACUUUUACUCAGUGCUUUUUUUCUGGGGAGAUGCAGGGGUGCGCAUACUCCUAAACAUUUUGUGAAUCUAAGUUUGGCCUCAUUGAGGGGCAGUAUUUCAAUAUGAGUAGGAAAAUGAGAGCACCCUAAACAUUUUUUUAAGAAAAAAAGCACUGCUUGUCCUCCAUCUAAUUUCAUCUGCCACAUUCCCUUAUCAGCCUAAAUCAGAGGUAGUGGGGGUGUUCUUUAAUUUUUUUUAAGCAUACGCUAAAGAUCAGAUAUUAUAGUGAAUGAGUUGCUGACAUAAGAAUAGGUUUAUUCAGAAAAAAAGUUAUGCAAUUUAAGUAGGCUUAGCAAAGCCCUUGUGACUUAGCUUCCGCAAUGUUUUCGCGAUUCUAUCAUUACUACUGGAAUUACUAAAUUAUUUUGUUUGUUUGUUUGUUUGUUUGUUUAAGAAGACAAACCUACUGGCAGCACCUCUAAGGUCAUAUGGUCUAUCCUUGCAGUGGUAGUUCUAAUCAUCUGCGCUGGUCUUUUUGUGUGGAUGAUGAAGAAAAGAGGUAAGGGGUUUCACACAACUAUCUGAACCGCUUUAAAAUUCCCUGUUGAAAAAGUUAACUUAUCUAAACCAAGAGAAUCAUAGAAUUGUAGAGUUGGUCAUCUAGCCCUCACAGAGAUACAGUUCUCUGGGAAGAAGGAUUGAUUGUUAAACCACUCGGAGACGUAGCCCUGAGAGAGGCCACUCUUGAUCACGGCCCAGAGCAGUUGACACCCAUCAGCCAUCCAUUGGGCUAGUCUCUUUUUAUAUAUAUGCAAUAUUUUUAUUAGUUUUACAUAGAAAUUAGCAAGCAUAACAAUUCAAAAAGAAAAAAGAAACAAAAAGAAAAGGUUCUCUCGAACCUUCAGACCUCCCUCCUCCCUCCCUGGGUUCCAUUUCUAAAUUUUUUUCCUGCAUCUAUUAAAUAUCCAUAGCAUCCAAAAUUCUUGUUACUUUACAAGUGUCAUUGUAAUUCCUGCCAAUGAUUUCAACUGUUUGCAGUGGUCUCUCAAUAUGUUAAAAAGUUAUUCCAGUCUUUCACAAAUAUUUGGUCUUCCUGGUUUCUGAUUUUUCCCAUCAAUCUUGCCAUUUCGGCAUAUUCCACCAGCUUGGUCUGCCACUUGGUACUUUUUCUUCUUUCCAUCUCUGGGCUGAGAGCAUCCUUGCUGCUGUUGUUGCAUACAUAAACAAUCUUUUCUUUUGGUAGUUCCACACCUAUGAUUCCUAACAGAAAAGCCUCUGGUUUUUUUUAACAAAGGUUAUCUUAAACAUUUCCCCCCCAGUUCAUUAUAUAUCAUUUCCUAGAAAGCUUUUACCACCCCUCAUGACCACCACGUAUGAUUAAAAAGUACCUUCCUUCCUUUUACAAGCACACAUUUGAACUGGUUCUAUACAUCUCAAUCCACCUGCUGACCCCAUUGAGCCAUAUGCAGUCUGACUAGGGGAAUCAGCGAAGUCCCGCUUGGAUUUGUGGGUGGCACAGCCCCAGGGGGGACGGGGAAGGUCUUCCUCUCCUUUCCUGCCUAAGUGUGAAAGUGCUGUCCCCGCUAGGGUUGCCAGCUCUUUUUACCAGACCUUGCUCCUCUCCCCGUUGCAUCUCCUUGCUCUGCAGAUAGUGAACAGCUUUACUGGCUGGUAUCUGUGUCCAACAUACGAUAGCAGACCAAGCAGGAUUUUCUUUCACCUUGGUCAAUUGGCAUCACUUACCAACAAAGGGAUAGUUGUACAAAGCUCAGUGCUACUUGGCACUAGUGGCUAUUCCACAGGCUCCUGCAUGAAAAACAGCCCUGCAGCAAAUUGCUGAAGGGAGGGGAGAUCAGCAUUAAGACAUCUGUGCCUGCUUUUGUUCUGCUCACUUCCCCUUUUUCACUUUGUUUUUUUUUCCCUUUCCAAAGGUUCCCACAGGAAACAGCUGGAUUCUGCACGUCAGUCAGGUAAAACAGCCGCCCCUUCUUGCUUUGACAGUGCCCAUCCGACCCCUAUAGGAAAAGUGGGCAAUUCCUCUUCUCAUGAUUUUAGAAUUUGUAGUCAUCCCAUGUGAAAUAGAUUUGCAGAAGAUUCAGGACAGGCAGACAAAGGAUAGUACUUUGCCGCAAAAUGCCUAAUUGAUUCAUGUCCUUCACUGGGCUAGUGGCUACUACGAGGGGAUUAAGCAAAUUCCUGGAGGCAGCCUGUCUCUGAAUCCCCGUUGCUGAGGGUCGGAAGUAGGCAGAGGGCUGUUGCACCCAUGGCUUGCUCACGGGCUUCCCAUAAUGUGCAUCUGGUUGGCCACUGUGAGAACAGGAUGUUGGAUUAGACGGGCCUUUGGCCUGAUCCAGCAGCCAGCUUCUUAGGUUCCUAGAAUAAUUGUGGAGGAGUGGUGCAGCAGGUUUUUGCAACUGGUCUCUGCACACUUCAGCCAGUCCGUUUAAACUUGCUCUCGUUUCUAUCAAGUGGGACAGUUCGAAGCACACUUUUUGGCUUUGAGCAGCGAACAAUUAAUAGAUGUGAUGAUCAGCGAAGUAGACUUUCAAUCCCAGGUUGAAAUAUGUCUCCUAAUUACUUGGCAGGUGGAGCUACAGAUCCCUGAGUGAGGCGAAGGGCCCUCUGCACACACAUGCACCCCUCCAGCCUUUCCCCAGAGCUGGCUACGAGUUUCUGCACACUGUUUGAAACAGGAUGUCCCCACCACCCCGCUGCCACCUUCCCUGUCUGGCUUGGUGCUCCCUUGCUCCCUCACAUCACGCACCCCCUUCUCCUUUUGCCGUCCCACUGGCAGGAGCUGAGUGUGACUCUCUUGGGCUCCUGUUAAACCUGCCAGUCACAGUGUUGAACUAGGGCUAGGGAAACCAGGUUCAAAUCACCCCUCUGCUCACUUUGCGCCAUUCGGUAUCUUUCAGCUAACCUACCUCACAGGGUUGUUGUGAGGAGAAGAUGGGAAAAAAAUUAUUGUUAAUGGCAACAACCAUGUUAAAAUGCAACAGCUGGUGCUCUGCUCCUUCCCUCCGCGGCUCCCUGCCCAGUACCUAUGCUUUCACUGGGUUUCUGAGGGAAUCACCCAUUUCUUCCUCGAAGUGGAGUGUGACACUUAUCUCUGCUGUGGGUCCUGGCUGGUGUGUGACUACACUGUCCGCUGACCACCAGCCCUCCUUAUUCAGGCUGCAGCAUUUUGCCAAUUAAUCGGUUAGAUUAACCAGUUUAAAAAGUCUACGGGUCAGCUUCAGAAGUGCCCUAAAUUAAUUGGAUAUCUGAUAAUUUUGAACCAACGCUGUACAAGAACACCUUAGAAUUGGCAUCCCCUCUUGCCUUCCCUCUCUCCCUGCACACAUGGGAAGGCCUCUGCUAAGGUGGCAACACUUUUGAGACGUGUGUGUGCAUCCUCUAAUGGCAAGGGCUUUACCCGCUUUCAGUAGUGUUCUAUUUAUUUGCAGAUUUAAUGAAACCUCAUUUGAUUAAUCAACUAACCACUAUUCUGGAAGUGAUUGCUCUUUUGUUUUUCUUGACAAUAAGCAACUAACAUGAUUAAUCAACUAAAGAGUCCUUUAAUCAGAUGACAGCUCUGUUCCCUAAUCUGCCCAGUUAUGCCCCAUCCGAGAGGGUCUUAUACUCUCCUUGGGCCAGGAUCACCACUCAGCACACACACAAACACAAGCUUCCUGGCCUCUUACACAUUAGCUGAAGGCUCUUUGCCUCUCAUUAGAACUGACAAGGGAAAACUGGAAACUGACAGAAUUUCACACUUGGCAACUGACUCCCUCUUGUCUUUUGCCAUCAACUGGAUAGCUCAGUUGGCUAGAGCAUGGUGCUGAUAACGCCAAGGUUGCAGGUUCAGUCCCCAUUCUCCAAUGUUCUUCUUAGUUGUUUUUGGUCAUUCCUGGGAUGGCUCAGUUGGUAGAGCAUGAGACUCUUAAUCUCAGGGUUGUGAGUUUGAAUCCCACAUUGAGCAAAGGAUUCCUGCAAUGCAGGAGGUUGGACCGUUAGGGGUGGCCCAAAUGGCCCCUUCCAACUCUACAAUUCAGUUCAUAUGUUGAGAAUGUACAAUGGGGAGAAUCCAUACUUGCAUUCCUCUCACACAGUGACUCCUGAGUAUGUGUGCUUCAGGGCUCUGGGAUGUGAAGGAGAGGAAAGAAAGAGAAAAAAAUUACCUACGUACUUAAUUUCUAGAGAAAUGUUUGGGUAUUUUUUUACCUGGAAAGGUGAUAUGUCAUGAGUGCUUAUGUGUUUUAAAAUGUUUUUUUAAAUCUUAUUAGUGUUUUUUAAAUGAUUUAAAUAGGUUUUUAUUUUAUUGUCAAUUGUAUUGUUUUGCUACUUUGUGGUUUGCCAUCCUAUGCAGUAGAAAUUUUAAUAAUGAUGAUGAUAAAUGAAGAAGUGCUCUGCUUAGAAAGGACUAAUACUAAAAGUAAAGUACAAGUAAAAGAAGUCUUUUUAAACCAAACAUCGUGCAAGCAAGGUGGGUGAUAUCCAACUAAGUUCUACUUAGAGUAGGCCCAUAAAAAUUAAUGGGCAUGAGUAACUUAGGUCCCUUAAUUUGAAUAGGUUUACACUGAGUAUGGCUAAUAUUGGAUGCAACCCACAUGACUUGCUAUUUGUGAUGCUACAGGUGUUGUCCAGUAGGUGCCUGCGAGAGUUCCUCCAUUGCCUUAAAAUGAGACCUGGAACAAUUUUGCCCUCCUCUUGGUAAAACACAUGUAGAGAUGAAAAUACAGUGUCUGCCUUCCAGGAACAGAAUCCAAGUAUGGGUUAAUGGGACCAAUGGAGGCAGAUGCUCUCAAGGAAACGGGGGCGGGGGGAGAGAAGUAGAAAGUGUGAAUACAGAGCAAAGGCAGAAAUUAAAACAAAUGGCAAUACAAAACGCUUGAUUAACAAAAGUGAACAUUAAUUUGGAAUGUACAGAAACUUCAGUAAGAAGAAAAGACUAGACACUCAGAUCUAUAGUAAAAGUGAACAAUCUUUGCAGUGAUGUAAAUAAUGCAUUUUUAUGAAGAAUGUGAACUUUAUAGAGGGAAAACCCAGAGAAAGUCCAUUGCUGCCAGGCUUUUUGACUGAAAGCUGUGAAUUUUGUACAGUAUAAACACCCUAAAACUAGUAUUCUGGAAAUGAUUGCUCUUUUCUCUUGUUUUUCUUGACAAGAAGCAACAGAUUGCUGCAGACAGGUUUGUAGGUUCUAGAACAAAAUACCUUUUCUCUCUCUACCACAAAUUUAAAGUUGAUUUAAAUGAUUUUGGAUUCAUUGAAAGGACCCUGGGACCUGUAGUUAGAUUUGCUGAGGCCUUUUUAUGAAAGGUGCCUGACCAUUCAACGAAACUACCGUUCCCAGGAUUCCUUGGUUUAUGUCCAUAACAGUGAUGGAGGAUUUUAAACUGGUUUACAUCUGCAACAUAAACAAUCUCCUAUGGAGGAUUUCGCAUUUAUGUUCCUUCGCUGUUUUAUGAUUGUGUGUGUGAAAUAAAAAUAUAUAUGAUUAAACUGCAAAGCUUAUUGAUUGGCUCUUUCUGCUUACAUUUAACAUUUUUUCAAUUUUUCUUAUUUGCAAGAACUAAUCUGCUUCUUGGUGUUUCUCCUGUGCUCCUGUUUCCUGGCGUUUAAUAGCAUUUUAAAAACUAAAUCUUAAGAUACAUUUUCUAAUGGAUUAUCAACACAUUAAUCAAUAGCCAGUGCCUGAGCUGACAACUCCAAAUUCACUGAUGAAAGUCCUCCAGAAAUACAGAGAAAAUAAAAGAAAAUGACUUUCUCUUGGGCAGAUCUAUCCUCUUUCAUUUGCAAGACCAAACAACAAAGGUGGCCAGAAAGAGAGACCUAUCUGCCUAGAGACUAGACAAUUACUGUAGUAAUUAGAAUUUGUGAGCUCCUUGGAAGGGCUAUAAGAAGAAUCAUAAUUAAAGCAUAUCUGAAUGGGGUGGAGGCCCAUUCAGUUAACAUACAUGAUUUCUCUUUGCAGAAUCCAAAGAGUGCCACACUGUUUAUUCUCAAAUUGAAAACAUUCCCCAGGUAAGUUCCAUUGAGCCAACUGAGCCACGGAGGGAUUUUCCACUCAAGUGGUAUGUACACGUUAGAGGGUUAAAAUAUAAGCAAGGCUGUUUUUCCUGUCAGCAUUUCCAUUUGAUUUUGCAAAUCCUGGUACACAGCAUCAUGGUUUAAUGUGUUUCCACUGGCCUACUGUCUGUCCAUGUUUCACCUCAACAACUCCCCUAGUGAUCAUCUUCCUGUGGCUGCAGCCAAGAGCACCUUGAGAUUUACUCCCUAGUAAGAGAGGACAAGGGACGUGGGUGGCACUGUGGGUUAAACCACAGAGCCCAGGCUUGCCGAUCAGAAGGUUGGCGGUUUGAAUCCCCACGACGGGGUGAGCUCCCGUUGCUCAGUCCCUGCUCCUGCCAACCUAGCAGUUCGGAAGCACACCAAAAAGUGCAAGUAGAUAAAUAGGUACCGCUCCGGCGGGAAGGUAAACAGCGUUUCCGUGCGCUGCUCUGGUUCAGCAGAAGCGGCUUAGUCAUGCUGGCCACAUGACCCGGAAGCUGUAUGCCGGCUCCCUCGGCCAAUAAAGCGAGAUGACCGCCGCAGCCCCAGAGUCGGCCACGACUGGACCUAAUGGUCAGGGGUCCCUUUACCUUUACUUUUUAAGAGAGGACAAGUCUAUGUGAACACAUUACAGAGCUGCAGCUUAAACUCUUUCUUAGCCCCUCUUCUGACUGAUGCACACACGCACACACAUUGCCUGGUUUUAAAAGAGGAUUGCACAAAUUUGUGGAAGAGGAAGCUAUUGAUGUCUACUAGCCGCAAUGGCUAUGCUCUCCCUCCACCAUCAGAGGUGAGCCACUGGCCAGAUGCUCACUUGGUCCAGCAUCCUGUUCUCACGGUGGCCAAACAGAUGACUGUGGGAAACCCACAAGAGCAAUUUCCCCUCCUGCAGUUUGCUAGCAGCUGGUUUCCAGAAGCAUUGCUGCCUCUGAACAUGGAGGUGGAGCAUAGCCAUUGUGGGAGGGCUGCUCAUGAGUUCCACUGUACCUGCUUGGAGAUCCCAGCUUUGCUUCUUCUCAAAGUGAGUAAAAGGAGACAGAUCGACACCCCCCUCCCCACAUUCUUGUUUGCAGAGACUGGUGAGCAGAGUUUAGCAUGUCUUCCUCCUCCCCGUUGUUUCAGUCCUACCUACCAGUGAGUAAGCCCCAUCGAAUUCCAUGGGGCUUUCUUCUGAGCAGACACAGGUAGGAUUGCAGUAGGCAGGUGGUGGGUGGGUGGGUCGUGUGGGGUGCUCCUCCAUGACACAACCACCCCUGACGCCAGAAAUGUAGGACCACCAUCCCCAGAAAACAGUUCCAACUUUAUACUCCUGGGAUUCACCACUCAAACACUUUUGAAACGAGAGCGAAACUGGCUUUAGAACUGCUUCAAAGCACAGCAUUUCAGAAUUAAACCAGCAGAUUGUUGGUAACUUCAUGUGUACCAGGUUCAAAAGAAUGGGUGUGAAUGCACUGAAGGGUAAUGCAUUCUGAUGAUCAGAGCACAUUGUUUUGAACUGGAUCAGGUGCACCCUCGGUUCACUGAGCUCAGUCUUGUAGACACCAGUCUUUCCCAAACGGUGUCUUCCAAAUGUCCUAAUGGGAGCAGUUGAGAGUUGGUGUUCCGAAACAUCUGGAAGGCAUCAGGUCAGUGAAGGCCAAUCAUUGCCUGGCAGCAUCUCUCCAAGGUAUCAGUGCCCACAUCCUAUCCUGCCCAUCACUGUUGAUCCUGUAGACCAGGGACGUCCACCUCCCAAUAGACUGUGAUCUUCUCACAGUAUAAAAAAACUGGCAGUGAUCUACCCGUCGUCAGACCAAAGGACAUGCCUCCUACAGUGAAUAUGAUGAGUAGUAAAUGAUAACUACAAAAUGGGGGCAAGGUUUCAAAAGCAAAUAAGCCCUGAGCACAACUCAGUAGUAGUUGAUCAUGCUUAAAAUACCAGCAACAUGUUCACACCUUUUUGCUGGGUUAGUCUCUUGAGGACUGAAGACCUGUGAGGAGGUGCUUCAGUGCUUCCGAAAGAUCUCAGGCAUGGACUUCGAAACACUCAUUCUCUCACAUUUGCUUACAUCAAUACCAUAUUCUUGAAAAAGUCACCCUGACAAACGGGUAACAGUGGAAACUGUGGGUGGAGCCAGUCUCUCAAGAUAUUUUUACUUUCCUAAGGGGUGGGUAGGGGAAGUGUUAGUUUCUAUUUCACAGGUAUUUUAUCAAAAAAUUAAAAACACCUUCUUAAAAGCUCAGAAACGUGUGAUGUGUAUCUGAUUUUACUUUGCUCCACAAAUGAGGAUUUUAAUCUUCGCAUCCACUUUGCGCAAAAAAAAAAAAAAAAAGACCACAUAACUUGAGAGUUUCCAUUCACACCAUAUUUUAGUCACCAAAAUUCAAUAAACAUCUGCAUGGCCUUUUAAAAAAAAUUAUAAGUGACUUUUGGCUUCAUUUCUGGCCACAUCCAUGGCUUAUAUCCCAGAAUUCCUUGCAUGCUCCUCCCGGAUCACAGAGGCCAAACAAGCAAUGAUUACAUACUUCUUUGGGCUGCUCUAUCCACUUCUUUAGCGGACUGGAGGGGGGAAAGUCUGACUUUUUAAAAUACAACAGUUAAUACGGAUAGUUUAGGGAUAAUUUACCCCGUUGUGGUAAAGCCAUCGUAACAAUGUCCUGCUUAUCCCUCUCGUCUCCUUCUUUAUUCUUCUUCUUCUUCUUAAUUAAAUUUAUUCCAACCCACAAUGUCACAGGCACCAGUAAACGUUGCGGCUUUCUCUUCCACUCACAGAAUUCCCCAUCGGAAACCCAACAGCGGAGAGGACCAAAGGCGAAAAAGGAUGUGCCUCAGACCAUCUACACCACAGUGCACCUCCCCAAACAGGUAGGAAGCAGCUACCAUCCAUCUACAUUAGAAAAACGGGGCUUCAGACCUGAAAAUAUUGGUACAGAAAACAGGAAAUUUGGAAAAUUCAUUUUAAAAUAAGAAACUAGUUGUAGUAGAAGUACAACGUGUCCCAAAAGGAACUGACUCCAGUUCCUGGUUGUCCUGUUACAAAAUGAAUGGGUUUGGUUUGUGUCCAGUUCACAGUUCAAUUCACGGUUUGUUCAAAUGUUCCUCAGCAAUUUCUUUUCAGCUUUCAGAAUGUUAUGAGCAUCUGCGGUGAAGUGUAAAAUACGCUUAAGACUGAGGAAACAUCAAAACGCCUACACAGUGGAAUGUGAAGCGUUACUUUUAUUUCCCCCAGCCAUAACAUUCUUUGAGCUUAAAGGUCAAAAGAAUAUAAAGAGUAUUUUUUUUAAAAAAAAAGUAAGAAAAUGAACGGUUUCUAGUUCAUCUUCAAGUACAAAGUUCUACCUCAAAAUGGACUUAGUUCAUGUUCUAGCUGGCGGGAACUGCUUUUAGUUCAAAGCUUUUUGAAUUAAUUGGGUAAAUUGGUCAGGCCACCCUUGUAGUCCUGUCUCCCGUUCUGGCAAGCUGGAAUGUGUGCCAAGGAGGGUGACCAAGAUGAUCAAGGGUCUGGAACGGUUGAGGGAGUUGGAUAUGUUUAGCCUGGAAAAGAGCAGACUCAGAGAACAUGUGACAGUCAUCCUCAAAUAUCUGAAGGCCUGUCACAAGACAGAUGGAGCAAGCUUGUUUUCUGCUGCUCCAGAGGGGAGGACCUGAACCGAUGGAUUCAAAUUACAAGAAAGGGAAUUUUGACUAAACCUAAGGAAUAACUUUCUGACAUUAAGAGCCGUUUGACAGUGGAACUUUGUAAGGUGGUGGACCUUCAUUAGAGGUUUUUAAGAAGAAGAAGAAGAGUUUGGAUUUGAAUCCCGCUUUAUCACUACCCGAAGGAGUCUCAAAGCGGCUAACAUUCUCCUUUCCCUUCCUGCCCCACAACAAACACUCUGUGAGGUGAGUGGGGCUGAGAGACUUCAGAGAAGUGUGACUGGCCCAAGGUCACCCAGCAGCUUCAUGUGGAGGAACCGGGAAUCGAACCCGGUUCACCAGAUUACGAGUCCACUGCUCUUAACCACAAGAAGAGGUUGGAUGGCCAUCUGUCAUGGAUUCUUUAGCUGAGAUUCCUGCUUGGCAGGUGGUUGGGCAAGAUCCCCAGGGUUCCUUCCAACUCCACAAAUCUAUGAUUCUAUUAUUCAUCCCAAGCACUGCAGAAAACUGAGGGAUCGUGUCCUGAUUACAGGACUGGACUUUGCCUCAUCUCUGCUAUGAUUUCAGAUUAGAUGAUUCAGAGCGCAGAGAUAGGGGCUCAGAAAGCUGCCUUAUAUCAAAUCAGACCAUUGGUCUAUUUAACUCAGUACUGUCUACAAUUAGUGGCAAUGAUUCUCCAGGGUCUGAGGCACAGGAUAUUCCCAAUGCUACCAGUGAUGUCAAGAAUUGUACAUGGGGCCUUCUGAGUGCACAGCACCAGCAAGCAUUCUACAAAUGAGCCAAGGGCCUUUCCGAAAGAUGCACAAGGUACAGGAACCACAAGGUACAGGAAGCACAAGGGCCUCUUUCUUCCUGUCCUACAUGAAAAACUCACUGAAAAAAUUGUCUUGCCCCUGAAAAGUUCCCCUGAAAGCUGCAUACUUUCUGCAAAUGGCCUAGAAUUUCUUGGCAUUAGAAAUGUGGUCUAAUAACAAUACGAACCAUUUUAUUAGUAAUUAGCAAUGGGACUUUUUAGUUUAGAGAAAGAGCAAGUAAGAGGUGACAUGAUAGAAAUUUGCAAAAUUAUUCAUGGCAUGGAGAAAACGGCUAGGGAAAGCAUUUUCCCCCCCUCUCUCAUAAUGCUAGAACUCGCAGACAUCCACUGAAGGUUGGAAGAUUCGGGGCAGACAAAAGGAAGUACUUUUGUUGUUGUUGUUGUUUAGUCAUUUAGUUGUGUCCGACUCUUUGUGACCCCAUGGACCAGAGCAUGCCAGGCACUCCUGUCUUCCACUGCCUCCUGCAGUUUGGUCAAACUCAUGCUGGUAGCUUCAAGAACACUAUCCAACCAUCUCAUCCUCUGUUGUCCUCUUCUCCUUGUGCCCUCAAUCUUUCCCAACAUCAGGGUCUUUUCCAGGGAGUCUUCUCUUCUCAUGAGGUGGCCAAAGUAUUGGAGCCUCAGCUUCAUGAUCUGUCCUUCCAGUGAGCACUCAGGGCUGAUUUCCUUCAGAACGGAUAGGUUUGAUCUUCUUGCAGUCCAUGGGACUCUCAAGAGUCUCCUCCAGCACCAUAAUUCAAAAGCAUCAAUUCUUUGGUGAUCAGCCUUCUUUAUGGUCCAGCUCUCACUUCCAUGCAUCACUGCUGGGAAAACCAUAGCUUUUACUAUACGGACCUUUGUUGGCAAGGUGAUGUCUCUACUUUUUAAGAUGCUGUCUAGGUUUGUCAUUGCUUUUCUCCCAAAAUAAAGUACUAAAAAUAAAGUACUUUUAUUUUUAUUUAUUUAUUUAUUUUGAAUUUUAUUUAUUUAUUAAAGUUAUUAUGUUACAUCAGUAAACAUUAUCAUAUUACAUCACAAGGCUUAUUAUACUAUAAUUUUCAACAUGUAUACAAAGUUUAUAUACUAAAAGAAAGAAGAAAAAGAAAAAACAAGGGCAAAAAACUUUUCCAAAGUCAUAUAUGUACCAACACUUUGAACUUCCUGUCUAUCCCGUUGUAUACUCCUUUUUUACAAAUGAAUGUACUCUUAUUAUUGUAUAUUUCUUUACAUUUUAUCUAAUACAUUCCUAUAUCAAUAUGUACCCUUGGUCUUAUUUCUCAACUCAGUCUCUCUCCAACGCCAAUCGAAUGCUAGCAUAGAUAGUGAACCUUUACUGUAUUUUUGAACAUAUAUCUUAUGUCUAUCCCACUUUUCCAUAAAUUUUUGUUUUGAAAGGAAGCACUUUUAAAUGCAGCACAGAAACCGUGGAACUCCCUCCCGCAGGAGCCAGUGAUGCCGCCAACUUGGGUGGAUUAAAAAGAGGAUUAGACAAAUUCAUGGAGGACUAGGUUAUCAAGAGCUACUUGCCAUGAUGGCUCUGCUUUGCCUCCACAGUCAGAGGCAGUUACACUUCUGACUAUCAGUUGCUGGAAAACACAGGAGGGGAGAGAGCUUUCGUGCUUAGGUCCUGCUUGCUGGUUUCCUGCAGGCAUCUGGUUGGCCAUUGUGAGAAUAAAUUGCUGGACUAGAUGAUCCAGCAGGGUUGUCUUAUGUUCUUAUGGUCAGCUUGGUUUAACAGCUUAUUAAAAACAACUACCAAAACUACAUAAGAAUCUUCUCCUAAACUCUUCCAAACAGUUUUUUUUACCAUCUUGAGAUCAGGAAUCAGCGUGUGUGUUUAAAGUGAGGAGGAAUCUGAAUCCCUUCUUCUUCCUUGUCAUUCUAUAAGGCGGGCUGAGGAUAGCCAAUGUGGUGUUCUCCAGAUGCUGUGGACUACAACUCCCAUAAUCCCUGGCGACUGGCCAUGCUGGCUGGGGCUCAUGGGACUUGUGUCCCACCAUGUCUGGAAGACACCAUGUUGGUUAGCCCCUCUCUAAGAUAAUACUAAGUACUUUGAAGCUGUCCAUCUCUUUGCACAACCACCCUAGGGCACAGUUCUUCAGCCUUAAGUCCCCAGAUGUUAUUGGACUACAACUCCUAUUAUCCCCAGCCUGCUUAGUCGAUGGUCAGGGGUGAUGGGAGUUGUGGUCCAACAACAUCUGUUAUCUCAAGGUUAAAGACAACUGCCCUAGGAAACCUGAUCCCUCUUUGGCAGGAUACAGAUUUGAGAUUCAUGGCAAUCAAUAGUUGGGCUUUCUCCAGUGAUGUUCCAGCUCCACAAGGCCUGUUUGACCACCACCACCACCCUGUAAAUUUCUUCUUCUCUUUCCCAGAAUCCUUUGCAAACAGACGACGAGAAGAUGCGGAGAACCAGAGAAAAGAGUGAGAAAACAAUUUACUCAGAGAUCACCAAGCCUCAAGAGGCAUGUGGAUUUUUAAGCAUCUAUUGCUUAGCAAGUGGAGAUGGGUUGUAGCAUGGAAAGGGGAGUGGGGAAGCUGGAUCCAUUGCAAAGCCACAUGUUACUCAAGGCUGGUGGCAUAGCAAAUUGCAAGAUCUGUGGUUGCGUUAAAGGUGGGGGUGGGAAGAUGUGAGUGGAAUCUCCAGGUGUGUAUGGGGGGGAGUCACACCACAACACAGCACAGAAUGUGGUCUUAGCUGCUAAAUUUAUUUUCCUAACAGCCUCAGCUUUCAUUUUCUUUUUUAAUGGAAAUGAGCUCCUUGGCUUCCCACGCUUGCAAAGGGGGAAGUCUGAAAAAUGCCUCUCUAUGGUUAGGAGAUGACCCUGACAAGAUUCCCCAUAGUCUAUGUGAGUGCAUUUCACAGCCACUUUGCCCCUCCUUGUGACUAGCAAGCUGCAAUAAGUUCUGCAAAGUGGUAAAAAGGAACUUUCACAAUGCAAGAGAAGCCACACGUAUAUUCUCAACUUACCCCAUCGACACAGGUUGCAUCAUUUUCAAUCUGCUGCUUUCUUUUUUAAUGCAACCUAGGUUUGUAACUAGGGACGUGGGUGGCGCUGUGGUCUAAACCACUGAGCCUCUUGGGCUUGCUGAUCAGAAGGUCAGCGGUUCGAAUCCCCGUGAUGGGUUGAGCUCCCGUUGCUCAGUCCCAGCUCCUGCCAAUCUUGCAGUUCGAAAGCAUGCCAAAAAGUGCAAGUAGAUAAAUAGGUACCGCUCCGGCAGGAAGGUAAACGGCGUUUCCAUGGGCUGCUCUGGUUUCAGUGUUCCAUUGUGCCAGAAGCGGCUUAGUCAUUCUGGCCACAUGACCCGGAAAAACUGUCUGCGGACAAACGCCAGCUCCCUCGGCCUGUAAAGUGAGAUGAGCGCCACAACCCCAGAGUUGUCUGUGACUGGACUUAACUGUCAGGGGACCUUUACCUUUAGGUUUGUAACUAUCCCAGUAUUAAACUCUUGACCUUUGCAGACACACAGCUUUCUCCUUCUGAAUCUGUGAGGCUCAGCUCGCCAUCUACGACAGACUUUCCCAACCUGGUGCCCUUUAGACAUUUUGGACCACAACUCCCAUAAGCCUGAGCUAGGACAGCCAUAUGUUGCUGGCACUGAUAGGACCAUGGCUGUGGCUGAUGGGAGUUGUUGGCCAAAACACCUGCAGGGCAUCAGAUUGGACAAAGAUCUGUGCUGUGUCCACAUUUGGUUCACACACGCUCCUCUCCCUCCUCAUUUAAUCCCCCUAACACCGCUGUGAGGUAGGUUAGGCUAAGAGGAAGUAACUGGCCCAAGGUCAAGUGGGGCUUUGAACCCUGGUCUCCCAGGUCCUAGUCCAACACUCUCACCACUAGGCUGCUGGGGAUGGGCAGCAGCUUAGGAUAGCUACUCAUGCUGUGCUUUUGGCAAUUUCGGAGACACCACCAUGGGGAAGAGCCUGCUGGACUAGGCAGACACACCUUGGCUUUUCCGGCCAACAGGGCUCAGCUGGUAUUCUGAUGUGCAUUGCUGAAUUGGUGCUCAUUCUGCAAACAGGCAGCAGUAUCUUCCAGAAUAGGCAGCAACUUCCUGAACAGCGCUGUGCCUGUGGACAUGUGUUUGUUUUCUCUUGCAGUGUGAGGACCAGGACUCCAAGACAGUCUACGAGACAGUGAACAACCCGAGACCUCCUGAAACCACUGAGUAUGACAAAAUUCUCUAGCAACCCACUGGACCAAGGACCAAAGGGACAAAGCAGUAGCAGAGACUGGACCACCAGAGGGAAAUAAAAAAAUUAAGGUCUUAUAUACAGUGGUACCUCGGGUUAAGGAGGAGGGCAAAACUAGAAUGAAUUGGCUCCACCUAUCAUUGUCUGUUGAGCUUCCUGCCUUCUGCAUCCCACUGGGUACCAGCCAUCACAGCAAACCAGGGCAGCACCACCACCAGGGGCAUCUCGUAGAAACUCGCUCUUCCAAAGCAGAGCAGAAGGAAAAAAUGCACCAUGUCAAUCACCUGUCUUCACAAUUACGUCAAGCGGCCUGCUUUUGCCCACAUGGUUUGAAAUCAAAGCACUGUGUUUUGCAAACCCCGGCAAUCAGUUAAUUGUUGAGGUUUGCAAAAUGCCUCACACCACCCAAUGCAAUGUCUCAUUCCGUUCUAAAGCAGUCCAAGUUGGUGGCCAGCCUUACCUCUUGUGGGAACAAGUACAGUGGUACCUCGGGUUAAGUACUUAAUUCAUUCCGUAGGUCCGUUCUUAACCUGAAACUGUUCUUAACCUGAAGCACCACUUUAGCUAAUGGGGCCUCCUGCUGUUGCCGCACCGCCGGAGCACAAUUUCUGUUCUCAACCUGAAGCAAAGUUCUUAACACAAGGUACUAUUUCUGGGUUAGCAAAGUCUGUAACCUGAAGCAUAUGUAACCCAAGGUACCACUGUACCAUCAUUUGGCUAUAUGCUCUGUGAAGUUUUCUCUUUCUUUCUUUCUUUCUUUCUUUCUUUCUUUCUUCUUUCCUGAACCUUCCAAUAUUCAACUUCAUUGAAUGCCCUGCCGGUUCUCAUCUUAAGAGAGAGGAAGAAAACUUAUCCCCGCCCACUUUUGCUGGUUUAGAAUUUGUCUCUUAAACCCACCCAAGUUGGUGGCCGUCACAGUGUCUCUGUCCAUAUCUGCUGCCUAUUUGGGACCCUUAUUUGCAAUAGAAAAUAUGCACUGGAAGUCAAAAUACAUGGAUAUUUGAAGUCAGAAUUGAGCAGAAACAUGGACCAGUUAUCUGCAGCAGCCCAGGACAGCAGGGUUGUGUCAGGCCUGGCCGUUGUCCUCUUCAGAUCACCACACAAACGCUUCGUGUUCUUUUAUAACUUUUUAUUGUGUAUUAACAAAACAAUCUUAUAAUCGGUUCUUAACUAUUAUUCCUCAGAGUCACUUAUUUCAGAUACCUUCUGAGCUCUGCUUCUCCGUGACCAGCCACUCUCAAAAUGUCAAACGCCCCUUCCUUUCGCUUUCCCGCUCUUUUUUCUAACCUCCUGGCUAGAGCUGGCUUGUAUCUCCCCUUCUCCGAAUCUGAGCUAGAACUGAACCCUUGCCUUUCCUGUGAACAGCCAGUCCCUCCCUGUUGUUCCUGUUGCUCUCUCCUAUUAGAUUCACUGCUCUCCUUCCCCCCUUGGGGAAUGCUUUCUCCCUCUGAGAAACUGGAAACUUCUAACUCUUCCCUGACAGGUUGUCUGCUUCCAAGUUAAUUGUAGAGAUCUUUUAUGGAGGCCCCUGCUUCAAGUGCCUCCAUCUUUGGAGAAAAGAUGGAUUAGCUUCAUGAGAAAGGACCCCUCUUCUGCAAUGGAAUCCACAGAACUCACUCACUUGUCUCCCCUUCCAGAUUAAUUGGCAUUUGAUUGAUUUUCUUGUAGGUAUGUGCAUUUUUGUUUGGCACUUUAGGGUAAUUUUGAAUGUUGUGUGCAUGUACAUUACCUUGUUAAAUGACUUUCUGUAAUGCUUUGAUUUGUGAGGACUUUGAGAUCUUCAACAAUGAAAAAACAGAAUGCCCGAUUUUAAAUAAAUAACUAUUCCCCCUUUCUCCUUGUCCAUUUUUCUUCAGCUGUUCUGUCUACCCUUCCCUGGUUCAGUCAUCUCUGCCUUCUCAGUCCCUUCGCUCUCUGCUCACAUUCCAU